AAAACAUUUAGAAAUGUCAGUUUCAGUUAUGUGAAAAUGUUUGUGUACGCGCCUAGAAAAUUGGAAUUUUAGUCAUUAUUUCUGUUCGUAAUUAGCAAAAUGCACUGUUAUUGCAAAUUCUGAUGUGUUUUGCACUGGUGUGCGGGUGCCAUUUGGAGCCGAUAUAAGUAUUAGUGCACUAAACAAUAAAAACUAUAAUUGUUACAUAAAUAGUUUACACAUGUUUCCUAUAGACAAAAAAAAUGAAUGGAUUUCCCAGGAACUACAGUAAAGAUAAAAAACGCUCAGUUGAUGAUCAGCGAUUUGAUAAUGUUUUUUAUGGUAUACCAUAUGAUGAAGAAGAGACAUCCACAGUGGCAUUUUGUAACAAUAAGCCAUUAGGGCAGUCUUCAACCCCACCAGGCUUUCAGAAGCAAGGAAAAGAAGCCAGGAAAAGGAUUAUCAAUAAAGAGAAUAUAAAGGACUCUUCUUUUACACUUCGAAAAAUUUUAGAGACGACUUCGAAAUCAAGUUCAUCACAGAGAAAUAAACUUUCAAAAUCUUGCGCGUCCAAGAAACGCAAACUCUCAGACGUGAUGGAUGAUUAUCAAGAAGAGCAAGUAUACCAUGCAACAAAUGGGGAUAUCAUGUUAGACUACAAUGUGGCUACUUUACUCAACAUGGGAAACACCUGUUUUUUGAACAGUGUGCUUUAUGCGUUGAGAUUUACUCCUACGUUUCUACACAAUUUGCAUCAUCUCCUAUUGGACUUGAAUUCAAUUAACAGUAAACUCAAGGAAACCAAAACGAAAACAAGCAGCUUGGGUAGAAAUGGAAGCGCCGUGAGCGGUAGUAGUUGGCGUAGUGCCAGCAGCAAAGACCUGUUAUCCAUAGGAAAUGAUAUUAUUCCGAAGUGCAAAGAGCAAGUGGUCACUGAAAAACUGCAUGGGUUGUUUGUGAUUAUGAAUAAUUUGGAAUCUAAAGGAUCUUUUGAUCCUUAUCAGCCGGAGGCAUUGAUGCAGGCAAUGAGAGAUGCCAACCCCUUAUUCGAAGGCAAUCAUCAGCAGGACGCCCAUGAAUUUUUUGUAGAAAUGCUGAGUUGUUUAAGAAUCACAUGUGAUCGGCUUAGUGAACAAAUAGAACAAAAUCCGGAUCUAAUCAAACCGCCUGAAUCCACUACCAAUGGCAAUAACGGCAGUAAAAAAUGGAAUCCAGUUAGGCGUUCCUGGAAAAAGCAGCUAAAGAAGAAAGAAAAACUAGUCGUUAAAAAUAACGGCACAAUGGAAAAUGAUAUUGCAGCUGACGAGUCGGAAGACGGUUUGAGCCCAUCUAGUAACGGUUGCGGUGAUGCAACAAAGAGGAAAUUUGGAUAUAAUUUUAUUGCCGAAGAGUUUCUGGGUGUCUCGUUGCAUCGCACAAAGUGUCUGGAGUGUGAAGGAGUUAGCGAGCUAAAGGAACCGUUUUUAGAAAUUCAGGUACCUGUUCAUGGUAAGGAUGAAGCCGAAGAAUCCAAUUAUAAUGAUAGCAACAUUUUUGGAAGCUUAUGCGUUACUUCUGAAAAAUUGUGCGAUCAAAAUAAGUAUUAUUGCGAGAUUUGUAAUCGAUAUAACGAAGCACAGCGAACCAUUCUUUAUGAGAAACUGCCAAAUGUUUUGGUGCUUCACUUGAAGCGUUUCACCACUACACUAUCUGGCAUUCAAAAGGUCAAUACCUACGUACCUACACCUCUAGAAAUUAAAUGUUUUUGUGAAACUUGCGCCAAAGUUGAAAAUACCAAAACUACGCCCCACAGGUACCAACUCAGCUGUGUAAUUAUGCAUUUGGGAGCCAGUAUGGCAUCAGGACAUUAUAUUGCUUAUUCAAGAGCUUCGGUUGAAACUUCCGACUACGUCGAAUGCAGUAGGGAUACUCCAAAAAGUUAUCUAACAUCCAGUAGUAAAGAAAUGAACUUCUUGAGAAUGCUCAAAGCUAAAGCUUUGGGAAACUCGUUGAGUGAAACCGACAAUGGAUUCACACUUAAUUCUAAAAAACAAGAUACCCAAGUUUGUCAGAGUAUCAACUGUUGCGGCAUUAAAUGCAAAUUAAACUUGUGUUCACCUGGUUCAAGUCAAGACUGGCUCGAAUUUGACGAUGAAAAAGUGAAAAUACUUUCAAGUAAAGAAUUCAUCGAAAUGCUGAAUAAAAUGCACGAAAGCACAAACACGCCAUAUUUACUGUUCUAUUCCAAAGUAUUAUAGUAAGUUGCUUGUAGUCUAGUCGUUAAUUGGUUUUCAAUUUUGGUUGUGUUUUGCUUAUUCACUACGGCGCAUACCUGAUUCAUUAAUAUUCGUACUCAUAUUUCAUUCGCUUCUAUGACCAAACUAUUUUCAAAUGUGCCAAUUUCAUACAAUUCAUUGAAUCUAAUCACACCUGGAACAAAAGUUCACGCAAUCAUAUUUUUUACAGAUUAACCACAUUGGAACUAAUUUAUGUUAUUUAUUUGUACUUAACCGCGAAGAUUUUUUCAUUAAUUCAAAAUGAGGGGCAAUGACUACUCGUAUGUAUUUAAGAUGGCAAAGCUUAGUGUAUUAUUCCUUAUCUUCAUUUCAAUGAUGAAUUUCGUUUUGCGUUGAAAUAGGAAGUAACUAGCUAUAUUGAUAACUAACGGCUUACUUCAUUUUUUCUAUUCAUUUUCGAAUAUUUUGGAAAUUGUCGUGCAAUAUCAGUUGAAUAUUGAUUUUGAAAGAAUGAUGAAGUAAAAUGUGUACAUGUUUUGAUAUACUUGUGAUUGUAAAUUCUACAUACCUCAGCUGUAUUUGCUGCUUUUAAUGGACAUGUUCUUUGAAUAAUUCCCAUUACAGCUUUUAGCUUUAAUAGAGACAUGUAUGGAAGCAAUGAGAUUGCAAAUAAAUUGUAUGCUAUUUUAGUAAACAUUUCAAAUUAAAUAAAGAUAAAGUAAAAUUGAAAUAAGAAGUGUAAGGGUUAUAAUUUUUUGAGUAAUCCAGUUAAUUAUUUUAUUGAUAGUAAAUGUUUAAAAUUUUCAAUUUAUUCUUUUUCACAAUAUACUAAAGGAUGAACAAAAUUUUCAAUGUAAUUUAAGAAAUCGACCCAGGUCAGUUUAACUUUUGUCCGAAACUAGCCCAUGUAACGCUGACAACCAACAAAGUAAUGGUUGAAAAUAUUCAUGUAUUGAUCUGGAAAUAUUCAGGUGUCUUACGAAUAUAGACUGCCAUUCGUAACUCGAAAAAAACAAUAAUUCAAAAAAUGUCAAGUCAGGCUAAAGCAACUUAAUCAUAAAUAAGCAACUUGACGUUUCUUUCCGGUAUUACAAAAUGCCACUUAAAAAAAAUAUAUUUUAGAUGUGUAGAAACCUGAAAAUUUCGGAAUUAUUGUAAUUGCAUCUUUUAAGUUACGUCAGUAGAGUUCAUAUUUGUGGGCCACCCUGUAUAAUAAAUCCGAGAGAGAUGAAAAGUAGUAAGUUUUUAUCGGUCACAGUCAACAGCCACAUGAAAAGUGCCACUUUAAUAAGUUAUUUUUUGAAAAUAUUGUCAUCAAAAUAUGCAUAACAAAUCAAUCUAUAGCAUCUCAUUAGUAAGAUAAAAUAUUUUUCUAGUUUUAGUAAUUUUUUUCUCGUUUGUUUUGUUGGCAUAUUUUUUUGUUUCAUAGUACAAGAUUUAACAGUUAUCGAAUGUAGUGUAAAUUAUUCAAAUUCUAUGUCAUUGUUUCGUUUGGACAAUUAUUAAUAUAUACCUUUCGUCGAUUUUUCACGUUUUUAAGGUAGAAUUUUGUACGUUCUCCCGUGAAUAUUAGUAUGUAAGAUACUUUAAGUAAGUCUGUUGAUUAUAUAAUUAAAUUCAAAUAUAUUCACUAUGAUUAUUGAAAUAUUCCAUAUAUUGUAUGUAUACUGUUAACUAUCUGAUAAGAAUUUGUGAAAACUAUUGUCAAUAAAUUAACAAUACAAGAGUAGUAAAUACAUUUAAGCAAUUCUUAUCACAGUCUACAUUAUUGCAAUUAAUAAGUUGGAUUUUAAAAUUUCUCAAUCAUGUGAAUAUAUUAGAAAAGAAGUAAAAUCAUUUAAAAAUAAUGCGAUUAGUAUACCAAGGGGUUGCCCAUUCGUGAUUCCAAAUCAGACCAGUAUUAAACCGAUAUAUGUAGUAUAAAUUUGUUAAAAUUCGUGAUACUAGAUGUAACGGUAUUUUGUUUAUAAUGUUUCUAUGACUUAUUCGAAUAGAUAGAUAUCAAAUAUUUAUAUUUUUAUAUUUUUGUUGUGUGAACAGAAGUUUUCAAGUCGUAUCAUAUUUAAGUACUAUACGGCUUUAUAUUUGUGUAUUAAUGUGUCGGUUUGUUGUGUUUUUUUUAAGUUGUUUAUUCAAAGGAAUCAUUUCCGUUGAAAACGAAAACAUUUAUUUCAUAAUAAAUGUAAAUUUGUUACAUAUUUAUUAAAACGUACAUUGUUGUAUAUAGUUAACAGUUUUGCAUUCUGCAUUUUGUAACUGAUAUGUAUAAAAUACGAUAACUAUAUUAUUAAGUACGUACAUUUAAAUUAACUUUAACAGAGAUAUAAAUAAUUAUCUAGUUUAAGGUCUCAGAUCUGUAAAUUCUCUGUAUAAUAAAAAUAAAUAACAUUUA